UAAACAGUCUGUGACGUCCCGUAGAGCCACUCGGUCGUGUUUGUGUGUGGAUUGUGUUGUUCUUGGUUGUGUUCUGCUAGGUGAAGUGUCAAAAGCAACCUAGCGAUGUGCAAAACUAGUUCAAUAUGUUGAUCAGGACAAAUGGAUACAUUUCAGUUAUGUCGUCUAAAACUUGCCACCCAUAUCGAGGGCUGUUUUUGAGUUAAAUCAAGAGGGUUGAGAAGUUAAACCGAAUUUAGUACGGAACUGAAGCCCUCCAAUAAGAUAUACAUUGAAUGAAGAAAUUCUUCUUCUCUUCAUUAAUAGUGAAAAUGAGUGUAAAAUCAAGAGUGGUGUUUGUGUGUGUGCUGGCAUCAGUGACUUUGUCGUCAAUUUGUGAAUGUGCAAUAUAUCACAACGAGUUUGCUGUCUGGAUCCCAAACGGAAAAGGAAUAGCUGAUUCUAUCGCCGACAAGCAUGGAUUUGUCAACAGAGGACAGAUUGGCAGUUUGAAGAAUUACUAUUUAUUUGAACAUCCACACGUUAGAAAAAGGUCAGUGGAACACAGCCAUGAGCACAAGACUAAACUACAAAAUGAAGAAGAGGUGAAGUGGGUCCAACAGCAGCAUGAACGUGUGAGAGUGAAGCGAGACUUCAGCUCUCCCAGCUUUCCCUCCUUUUCCUCUUUCUUUAGCCCUUUCAGCAGUGGUGGUAGUUCAGGAGUGAGCAGCUCACAUCAUAACCACCAUCGUGCAAUUGGUCCAGUUGGCCCAUACAGCCCAUACUCAGACCCACUGUGGAGAGAGCAGUGGUACAUGAAUGGUGGAGCAAAAACUGGACAUGAUAUGAAUAUUCAGCCAGCUUGGAAAAAAGGGUACACAGGAAAGAAUGUUGUGGUUUCAAUUUUGGAUGAUGGCAUUCAGCCAAAUCAUCCAGACCUUGCUUUCAAUUAUGAUCGUGAUGCUAGCACUGAUAUCAAUGAUAAUGAUGAUGAUCCCACUCCACGAGACAAUGGCGACAAUAAACACGGGACAAGGUGUGCAGGAGAGGUAGCUGCAGUCGCCUUUAACAAUUAUUGUGGCAUAGGUGUUGCUUACAAUGCAAGUAUUGGAGGAGUUCGCAUGCUUGAUGGCACUGUAAAUGAUGCUGUGGAAGCAAGAGCCUUAGGUCUCAAUCCAGAUCACAUUGACAUUUACUCUGCAUCGUGGGGUCCAGAAGAUGAUGGAAAAACUGUUGAUGGACCUGGACCUCUCGCUAGAAGAGCUUUUAUCUAUGGGGUCACCAGUGGCCGAAAAGGUAAAGGAUCAAUUUUUGUCUGGGCCUCUGGAAAUGGUGGGCGUCACACUGACUCAUGCAACUGUGAUGGUUAUACAAACUCUAUAUUCACAUUAUCUAUUUCAAGUGCAACUCAAGCAGGAUUUAAACCGUGGUAUCUAGAGGAGUGCUCAUCCACACUUGCAACAACCUACAGUUCUGGAACACCAGGACAUGAUAAGAGUGUAGCAACUGUGGACAUGGAUGGUAGACUACGACCUGACCAUAUCUGCACAGUUGAGCACACAGGCACCUCUGCUUCAGCACCCUUGGCUGCAGGAAUAUGUGCCUUGGCUCUAGAAGCAAACCCAGAUCUUACAUGGCGUGAUAUGCAGUAUCUUGUUGUUCUUUCCUCAAGAGUUGAACCAUUGGACAAGGAAAACGGAUGGAUUGUCAAUGGUGUCAAGAGAAAAGUUUCACACAAGUUUGGAUACGGUCUCAUGGAUGCCGAAGCUAUGGUCAACCUUGCUGAGAAAUGGACUCCAGUACCUCCCCAACAUAUUUGCAAAAGUCAAGAACUUGCUGAAGAUCGUGUUAUUGAGUCAACUUUUGGACAAACUUUGCAAGUGCACAUGGAUGUCAAUGGAUGUGCCAAUUCUCUCAAUGAGGUCAGAUUCUUAGAACAUGUACAGUGCAAGGUUUCACUUAGAUUUUUCCCACGAGGUAACCUUCGUCUUUUGCUGACAUCCCCAAUGGGCACUACUUCUACUUUACUCUUUGAGCGGCCACGUGAUGUUGUGAGCUCUAAUUUUGACGAUUGGCCAUUCCUAAGUGUCCACUUCUGGGGUGAAAGAGCAGAAGGCAGAUGGACAUUGCAAGUUGUCAAUGCAGGAAACCGACAUGUUAACCAACCAGGUGUUUUGAAAAAAUGGCAACUUAUUUUCUAUGGCACAAACACAAACCCUAUACGGUUGAAGCAAAGUUAUAGCAGCGGAGUCAGUGGGUCUGGGGCCUACUCAGGCUACUCAUCUCAACCAUCAGCCCCUCCAGCCAGCAGCUUUGUUUUCCCUGGGCCUCAAAGUGGCCCUUCGCCAUCAGCUGUCCCCUACAGCGUUUUUCAUGACUACUCAAGUGCAUCUAGUGUGUACUCUGGCCAAGGAAGUGAAAUUGACACAGCUAUUUCAGAUCCUAAUGGCAGUGAUGUUGAAUCUGAUAAUCUUGUUGGUGCUGGGGAGGAUUCUUCCAAACGUGUCUUGCAUGAUUGUGAUGAGCAAUGUGACUCACAAGGUUGCUAUGGGAAAGAACCCCAUCAGUGUAUAUCCUGUAAAAUCUAUCGCCUGGAUAAUACAUGUGUGUCAAGAUGCCCACCACGGAGCUUCCCUAACAGUGGCGGCCGAUGCUGGCCAUGCCAUGAAACCUGUGAGACUUGUGCUGGACCAGGUCAGGACAGUUGUUUGACAUGUGCUCCCGCACACCUGCAUGUGACCGAUCUGGCUGUGUGCCUGCAGCAGUGCCCUGAAGGGUACUAUGAAAACUUUGAUCAGCGCACUUGUGUCCCUUGUGAAGCCAAUUGUGCUAGCUGUCAAGAUAGACCCGAUUUCUGUACCAGCUGUGAUCAUCAUCUUGUGAUGCAUAAUCAUACUUGUCUAGCAUCAUGCCCAGACCAUACCUAUGAAACUGAUGAUUACAACUGUGCUCCUUGUCAUUCAUCAUGUGACUCAUGCUCGGGCCCUGGAGAGGACCAGUGUAUUACAUGUCGCCCAGGCCACUUUGCCUUGGCAGGCUCCAAAUGUCCUCAGGAGUGCCCAGAGGGGUGGUAUGCUGAUAAGAAAAGGCGAGAGUGCCUACCUUGUCAACCAGGGUGCACCUCAUGUAACAGUGGGUUGUGCAAUUCAUGUUCUGCUGGAUGGAAACUUAAUAAGAAGAGCCGCUGUGUUCCGGAAAAUAGCAAUCGUUGCCAAGCUAUGGAAUAUUUUGAAGUAACUCAUGAGAUUUGCCAAUCAUGUCAUAAAUCCUGUGAGGCAUGUGGAGGACCGGGAUCUGAGUCUUGUCUGAGCUGUGUGUCACCACUUGUCCUCUCUGGUGGUCGAUGUGUAGGAGAUUGCCCCAAAGGCAGUUUCUUGGAGCAGGGUCGAUGUGUGCCAUGCCUUCACACAUGCACUGCCUGCGAGUCACGGCUCAAUUGUACCUCCUGUGUACCAGGCCUUCACCUUCAAAAUGGAGAAUGCAGAUCAACAUGUGCUGAUGGGUACUACAGUGAUCGUGGACUUUGUAGCAAAUGUUACCUGAGCUGUGCCACUUGCUUAGGCCCACGCCGUGACCAGUGUGUCACUUGCCCUAGAGGAUGGCAACUAGCUGCUGGCGAGUGUCACCCUGAAUGUCCUGAAGGUUUCUUCAAAUCUCACUUUGGUUGUCAGAAAUGUCAUCAUUACUGCCGCACUUGCAAAGGUGAAGGACCUUUGGAGUGCACAUCAUGCCCUCCCAGGUACACACUGGAAGGUGGCCUCUGCAUGGAGUGUCUAGGUGGACAAUACUACGAUGCUGCUACCCAAUUGUGUCGUCCGUGCACAGAUCCCUGUCGCACUUGUUCCGGACCGGGAUUCUCAUCAUGCACAGGAUGCCGUGACCCCUUACAGCUAGAUCCCAGGACCAAACAAUGUGUGACUUGCUGUUCAUCUUUAGGUGAAGCCAACUGUUGCAUGUGUGAUCCCCAGACUGGCAAAUGCAUGUCGGGUUCUGCCGGCAAACGCCGCAUAGCUGAUGAGCAGAGUUAUCCUCCAGCUCAGUCUGAGGGUACUGUGAGUUUCUCGAGUCCUCUGGCUGUUAUUGCAAUUUGUUCUGGCCUAGUGAUAACCCUAGGCGUGCUUCUUCUCUUUGUGCAGGCUUGUGUACGUAAUAAUCGUCGAUCAAAGGCUUAUUACGGACAAUUAGCAACAUGUGAAGUAGACAGUCAUAUGUCAUUAGGCCGGCCAAAUGAAAAAGGAUCCAGCCUAGAUUAUGGAGAGGGAACAACCCUUUUACAUAAUGAGUACUGUGAUUAUGAUGAUGAUGCAGGUGACAGUGAUGAAGAAGAAAUUAAUGUAUCCAGUAAAGGACCUACUAUUCGCACUUAAACUUUAUCUCUGCAGUUACUUCUAUCAGAGCCCUUGGCUUUGUGAAGCAAUUUAUGGAAGGUCGUGGACCAGUGGAUUAGUUACUGCAAACUGUUCUCAAUGAGGUACUGAAUGGACCGAAACAAAAUGAAAUUGUAAUGAUCUUUUUAAGGGUCAUAGGGUAAUGCCAGUUGUAAUAUAUUUUGUUGGAAUUUGAGCUGAUAGUCUAAGGCUUUUACUUUUACCUCUUUGUACAAGUGUUGGUUCAACUCCAUUUUUAUUCAAAGCUGACUUUAGGGGGGAGUCAACCCUGUCUAGAAAAUGAAUUGCAAUGACUGAUUCAUGAGUCUUGGAAAUUUAUCCUUCAAGCAAUGCUCUAUGUUUUAGGCAAAGAAGAAGAAAUGAGCAAUUUUCCAUUUGUAAAGGGGUGUAAAAUUGCUCAAGGAAAAACAUUUUUGGCAGAUGAAGAAGAUUGCUGUUUUUGCAUUGUUAAAGUUGUAGUGGUAAUCUUUACCAACUGCACAUGCAAAAUCUCUGUGAUAUUAAUUUAAAAAGGAAAGGGAACGCUACUACAGAGUUUAAACUGUGAAUAAUGAAGUGAUUGGUAUCCAUUCUGAGCGUGUUCCUUUGAAAGUCAACCGGGGCUCUAGUAUCAUGGCCUAGACAUACUACAUUUAUGAUAUUAAGAUUUGUUAUACGUACGUAAUGAAUGGGCUAUUAUUUGUCUGUGCCAAUCUGAAAUUAGUACACUAAGCAGUUUUAGACUAAAUAUAUUAAAAAUGUUGCUAGUGCUUCAUUUGAUAUUUGGUCCCUCAUAGAUAGUGAUUCAGAUUCACAACUCAGACCUGUAGAAAUAAAAGAGAAAUCAAAGAUGAAUUGUGUGAUACCUUGUUGUCCCUUUCUGUAUUCCUAAUGUGAUAUAAGUUUCAUUUUCUCAACUACAAAUCAUGAAACCAACAACCAACAUAUUCUUCUAUAAACCUGCAAUGGUGACUCAAUAGUAAUACUGUUUUGUUGGCUUUAAAAGGAUUUUAAAAUAUUAUAAACCGUUUAGUGAACUGUAUUGCAUUCAUUUUUUCUGUACUCUGUACUUAAUGGUAUACACCAAAAAAUCAAAUAAAUAUGGUUUCAUGAUUGUCGUUUAAACACUUAUCUGUCCCCUCAGCAAGAGAACCUCAUGGAGUGUAAAAUCUUUGUUCUUUGAAGUUUUCCCUUUUGAUGUAUUACUGUACCUUUGUAGAAUUGUUUUUAACUAUUUUUGUUUUGUGUUAUUAUUUAAGUAAUAAUCCUUAUGCCACUCAUAGGAGCUAUUUAAUUCUGAGAGGGUGCUCAGCAAGUCAAAAGACUACAAAUGUUUUCAGGAAUACAAUUACACAUUAUGUGAAGACUUUUCAAGCAUAUCAGAUUUGAAGCCUUUAUUCAUCUUUAUCUCAUUUGAGGGUGAGAUGGAGGAUAUACAAAUUGUUCUAGAAUAGAAAAUAUUUGGAUCAAUCUAAAAAAAAACAUGUUGGUUGAUCACAAUGAGUGAGUUUUGUAAUGAUUUGGUUUUGCCAUUCUACAAAUUACUGCAUUCUUGCAUAUAGCCUUGGAAUUUUAAUUUUAGAUCAGAAA